UCCAUUCCACGAUAUAUACAUAUACAUUAUAAUAUGUACAACAUAUUGCGUGUUACAUUUCGUAUACAAAAGUAGCAUGAGAAAAGAUUGAAAACAGUGAAAGUCAUAAAUUAAUUUGUAUAACUUGAAUUUAUAAUCGUCUUAUGAGAAACUAAAAUAGAGAUUUUUUUCUCAAAUUUUUAUUUUAUACCAUUUUUUUUUUAAAAGUUUAUGAUUUUAUCAUCGACCGAAUUGUACGACCUAAUAAAAUAUUACAAUAUAUACAAACAAACUACAUAUUAUUUUGGUACUUUGUUUUUACGAAUAAGAAAGAUAGAAAGUAUUUGUUUUCUCAAGAGUUAUCAGUGAUGAUGAAGGCAAGCGGAAGAAACUUAAGGUCUAGUAAGACAACAACUAAUAAAACAUCUACUAAUAAAAUUAAUAGAUCUACAAUGAAAUCUGGUACUGCAAUGGAAAAUAAAAAGACAACUAUAAAAACCUUACGAUCAACAUCUAAAAAAUCUGAUUUAAUGAAAAUAGAGAUGACAAGAGGAAAAGAAGAAAAGGAGAUUGUAUCAAGAUCUAAAAGAAAAAAUACUACUGGAAAUAGAAGUACAAAACGCAUAAUUUUAAGUAGUAAAAGGAAAGCAAAUAUUCCAGAGGGAGUGAAGUUAAAGAAUAAGUCAUCAAGUUUUCGACAAAUGUCUUUAAAAGAAUCCUUUUCGAAUCAGGAAGCUUUGUCCAAACGACUUCGUCCAAGAAAAGAGAGUAGGAAUUAUUGUGAGGAUUCUGUAUUACAGAAAACAAAUAUAUCUCAGGAGCAAAAAAAUAUAGAAUUAGAAAAUGAACCAGGAGUGAGUGACAAGUUAAAAUUGCCUGUAUAUAAGUCUGUGAAACUUAAUGAAGAAUCUUCAAGGAAUGUGAAUGAUAUAUAUGAUUUUAAAUUCGAUGAGAAUGAUUCGAAAGAGAAAUUAGGAGGGAAAAGAAAAAGACGUAUUGUUAAUCGGGUGGGACAAAAGAGAAUAAAAAAAACUAAACGUACUAGACAGAAAAAAGUACCACAGGUGAUUAUAGAAAGAUUAUCAAGUGAUGUAAUAUCGUUAUGUACUAUGAAGAAAAUUGAAGAUAAUAAUGAACAAAACCAUGUGUUAUUACCAUCAAUCAAUAUCGUAGAGAAAUUUGAAGAUGCUAUUGAAAAUCAAAAUGAAUUAUCUCCACCUGUUGAUGAUAACAAAUUUGAAGCUGAAUCUAAUAAUGUGCCAAAUUUAGAAGCAAAUCAUUUGCCGUCAACACAAGCUGUUUCUGAAGAUACAAAAAAGCACCCAAAUACUAUCGUAUCAAAAUCUAAAAUAGUUUCUAUUGAAAAUCUUAACAAUAAUGAAGUUUUGUUAAUCGAUACACCAUUAAAAUCAAAGCCAGACAAUUUUGCUCCAUUUAGGAAAACUAAUGUAUUUUGUAAUAGAGUUAAAUCUCAUCAAGAAAAUACGAUAAAUGAUUCAUUAAUUAGUAAAUCUUUGUCACCGAUUAAAAAAGCAUUUGUAAAUUUUGACGUAGGUAGUCCUUGGAGAUUAUCACCGAUAAAUACUUUUUCUCAAGUGAAGAAUCUAUUUCAAAGUACGCCACAACCUAGGACGUUAGAAAUAUUACAAAGUAAAAUUAAACCAAAUACAAAAGAUCAAGCUAUAAAAUGUUUGGAGACCGUUAAAAAGAAUGAUGUAUCAGAAAUAAUUAAUGAGGAUAUAAACAGGCAGAAAAUUUGUGAUAAAUUUAAUUACAUAAACAGAAAAGUUGGACAAGCCAUUAGGAAAUUUGGAACAGAGAUUACAAAUUUAGAUAAUUCUAUAUCAAUAAAUAAUAAUACUGUAAUUACUGAACAAUAUGAAGAAAUGGCAAGCAAUAAGGAAUUAAGAGUUUCAAAUAAGGAUUUGCAGAAUACAAUCGGUACUACAUCCAUGGAUUCUUCUGCAUUCAAUGACACAAACGAAGAUAAAGAAAAUGCUGCUCCUAAAUCUCCUUCAAAGUCUAAGAAAUUUUUAAGAAAGAGAUUGAGAAAAGUCACUAAUACGAGUUCUUCUCCUUUGCACAAAAAAAGACAUAUAAAGGAUAAGGAAAAUUUAAAUAUGCAAUCACAACCUAUUAGUAUGCAAACAUUUAGUCACAAUGGUACUUUGCCACGUGCCCAAGAAGAAAAGCAAGAACAAAGUAAGGAAAUUUUUGAACCUCAACCUGGACCAUCGGGUUUACAAAAAUUGAAGUCUCCUAAUCAGAAACCAUUACAACAAACAAAUUUGAAUGCUUUUUUAAAUAUAACAGAAAUGCCUCAGAGUACUAGAAUAAAUACGGCUCAUGGUAUUUUCUGUGAUGCACAAUCAACGCCUAUUAAUGGUAAACAUGUCAAGCCUAUAAAAACGAUAGCCGAUACAAAACGUAUGGAAUUGGAUAAUGCUUUUGGAUUUAAUGAAGAUACUGGCGACAUAAUUUUAGAUAUAUCGCCAAUUUAUUCUGAAUUAACGAGUAACAAUGUACAAGAUAGAAAUAUUUUGAAAACGAAUGUUGAAGAAACGAAAAGAAUAUCAUCGCUUCCUAUGAGAUAUUUUCCGAAGGAAAUGAAAAAAGAUACAGUGUCAAAAAAAGUAAACGCUGGUGAAAACAAUGAAAAAGGUAAAGAGAAGGAAAAUGUAGUAGUAGAAGAACCUUUACCUGAGAUGAAAAACAGGCUCAUAGAUACAGCUGCUUUUUCGGAUACUUUCGAUGUUUUGGGAGAAAUAAAAGAGGUAAAGAAUGAUUCAGCAGAUAUACCAUUGUUUACCGAUCUUGAGCCUACUCAUUUUACGGAGCCUCCUACGCGUUCGUACAAGAGGAAACGUAAUGUCACGUAUAAUUUCUCUGAAAGUGGUAGCGAGGAAGACGAAGAAAAUAAUCACGUAUCAGAGAGAAAAAGGAAAAAGCAUGGAAAAUUGAAGAAAUACGAAAUACGAAGAAUGGAAGAAUGGGUGAAAAGUAUCAAUGAAACUUUUCAAGAUAUCGAUCAUCACGAAUUGGUGGUGGAAUAAAAGUAUAAGAAAAAGGGAUCAAUUAUUAUAAUAUCUUUAUUUUCGUAUAAUGUAUAAUUUCUUUAUUUUCGUUUUAUCGUAGGGCCCUAUUUUAUUUGCGUUUUUAUCAUUCAAUUUUAAUAACGUACCGCGUAAGGUUUUUAUAAUUAUUUUAGUUGUAAAUGUAUAUGUAUACAUAAUUUAUCAUACUUUAUAUUUUCCUAGGUCCCUCGCUGUUUAUACAUUACCAUACAUAUUAUUGUAAGAUUACAUA